CUACUUUCCCACAAUCUUCAUUUCAGUGCCCAUUUCCUGCUAUCCCUACACUGAGAUGAAGCCAAUGGCAAUCCCACUUUCUCUUUUAACUCUUUUACUAGUAGCAGUGGCUCCAAGAUUCAUUUCUUCUUCACCAGUUCAGGAUCCUGAAUUAGUAGUAGAAGAAGUUCACAGGAGCAUCAAUGCAUCCAGGAGGAAUUUGGGGUUUCUCUCCUGUGGAACAGGCAAUCCGAUUGACGAUUGCUGGCGGUGUGACCCCAAUUGGGAGAAGAACCGGCAGAGGUUGGCUGAUUGUGCAAUUGGGUUUGGUAAACAUGCCAUUGGUGGAAGAGAUGGUAAGAUAUAUGUUGUUACAGAUUCUGGAGAUGAUGACCCUGUGAACCCCAAGCCAGGCACUUUAAGACAUGCAGUUAUCCAAGAUGAGCCUCUCUGGAUAAUUUUUGCUCGUGACAUGGUGAUCAAGCUAAAGGAAGAGCUUAUAAUGAACUCUUUCAAGACCAUUGAUGGAAGAGGAGCUAGUGUCCACAUUGCUGGUGGUCCAUGUAUCACUAUACAAUAUGUGACCAAUAUUAUAAUCCAUGGUAUAAAUAUACAUGACUGUAAGCAAGGAGGGAAUACUUAUGUGAGGGACUCCCCUAGCCAUUAUGGGUGGAGGACUAUAUCAGACGGUGAUGGUGUAUCCAUCUUUGGAGGGAGUCAUGUGUGGGUUGAUCAUUGCUCUUUGUCAAAUUGCAAUGAUGGAUUAAUUGAUGCCAUCCAUGGUUCCACAGCCAUUACUAUCUCUAACAAUUACAUGACUCAUCAUAACAAGGUUAUGCUCAUGGGCCACAGUGAUACCUAUACUCAGGAUAAGAACAUGCAGGUCACAAUUGCCUUCAACCAUUUUGGAGAAGGGCUUGUGCAGAGAAUGCCAAGGUGUAGACACGGGUAUUUCCAUGUUGUGAACAAUGACUAUUCACAUUGGGAAAUGUAUGCAAUUGGUGGCAGCGCUGAUCCUACAAUUAAUAGUCAAGGAAACAGAUUUGUUGCUCCUAAUGAUAGAUUUAACAAAGAGGUGACUAAACAUGAGGAUGCACCAGAGAGUGAGUGGAGGCGUUGGAAUUGGAGGUCUGAAGGAGAUUUGUUGCUAAAUGGAGCAUUCUUUACUCCAUCUGGGGCUGGAGCUUCUUCUAAUUAUGCAAGAGCAUCUAGCUUAGGUGCGAGACCAUCUUCCCUAGUGAGUUCAAUCACAGCAGGAUCAGGCGCGCUUUUUUGCAAGAAGGGUAAACGUUGUUGAUUAGUGGCUUUGCUUAGCCCAGCAGCAAUGAUCAAGCUUCAGGGAAAGGGCAAAAGGUGAAAAUAUAAGGUUAAAAAUACAAUAAAGACAAUUGUAAUUACAUGGGGAAUUAGGUUCUAAUUUUUCUUUUAAUAUAUCUUUCUACUCUUGAUAUUGAUGGUUACAACCUGGUUCUAUGAGACAGACCAUCAUGUGUAUACCUGAAUAGAGAACCUUGAUAGAAGACUCCAUGCAUUCCAAGUCAAAUAUUAGAGAAAACCAAAGAAAAAUAUAUGAUGUAUAAGAUAGAAUUAGACAUAUCUUUCAUUUUACACUGGAAUUAGUAAUUAUCAUUUUAUGAGAAAAUUAAAGUAUAUUCACAA